ACACAGGCAAUGCGGAUUGGCUUAUUCGGCCUGUCCUUCAGCUGAGAGGGGCGCAGGCGCACAGGAAGGACGAGGCUCAGACAUGAACUCGCUGGAACAGGCCGAAGACCUGAAGGCCUUUGAGAGAAGAUUGACAGAGUAUGUCUCCUGUUUGCAACCUGCAACAGGCAGGUGGAGAAUGAUUUUGAUAGUGGUGUCUGUCUGCACGGCUACUGGGGCUUGGAACUGGUUAAUAGACCCUGACACACAAAAGGUCUCUUUCUUCUCAUCACUGUGGAAUCAUCCCUUCUUCACCAUCAGCUGCAUCACUCUCAUAGCUCUUUUCUUUGCUGGGAUACACAAACGAGUUGUUGCACCAUCAAUUAUCGCUGCCCGCUGUCGGACGGUUUUAGCAGAAUACAACAUGUCCUGUGACGAUACGGGGAAGCUUAUUCUCAAACCUCGACCGAAUAUCCAAUAACCACAGGCUUGUGUAUGUGUGUGGUGGUCAGACAGUGUAUCUGGUCUUUGUGAAAAAAAUCCGCUGAUGGAUCACCCUGUAUCUUGAGUCCUUUGGGUGAUCGGAGUGGAUGAAAGGGGAACAGUAACCAAGGCAGAUUUUGUCAGCAUGAUGGAAAUGCUUUUGGAAGAAGGAAGAAGAAAUGAACGGGGCCUUUUUUUUAACAGUUUUGAAGUGGAAGCUGCUGAUCUGCUCACAUAAGUCUUUGAUAUAUAUUUGACUCAUUGAGUGUGAGUUCAGAUGUGUUGAUCUCUGUUUCUGAUGUUGAGCAUGUAUUUUAUCUAAAUGUUUCUAUUUUUUAAAGUUAUUUACCUAAUAAAUUCUUAAGGUGUAUAAAAA